UUCAGUUGAAUUUCAAAUAUUAUCAUGUACGUUUUAGUUGGCGUGUGCACAGUGUUUCUCCUGUGGUGCCUUCACUUCCACUGGAAAAGAUGGCGGCUUUUCCGGAUGUCCUGGCACGUGCCAGGACCAAAAAAUGUGCCCCUGCUGGGCGCAAGUUACCUGUUUUUGGGCAAAAGCGCGCCAGAAAUUGCCGAACGGUUCAUAAAAAUAUUCGAACAGUAUCCGGACUUGGCCAAGUUCUGGAUGGCAGAGGAACUUUUUUACACUGUAACGAAGCCCGAAUAUUUGGAGGUGAUUUUGAACCACCCUGGAGCCUUGGAAAAAAUGGAUAUGUACAAGUACAUGAUUCCAACGAUUGGAAAUGGUCUAGUUUCAGGCCCAGUAAAAAUUUGGAAGAAACACAGACGAAUUAUAGUGCCGACGCUAAACCAGUCGAUUUUGAACACUUUCCCGCAAAUUAUUUGCCAACAGUGCGACAUUUUGUUGGAAAUACUCGAAAAAAAGUGCGACAAAGGCGAAAUAGAUCACUACAAGUUUGUGACAAACUUUGCAGUGGAUGUUGUUAGUGAAACCAUUUUUGGGGUUCCCCUGAACGCGCAAAUCACGGACGCCAAUUACAGUCGCACCUUUGACAAGAUAAUGGAAGUGGUUUUUAUGCGAAUUUUCCGCGUGGAUUAUCACUCGGAUUUUCUCUUCUCCUGGACGAAAGAAUACAAGGCGGAGCAGGAAAAUGUGAAGCUGGUUAAGGAGACAACGCGUGAUUUGAUCGAGCGGAAAAAGGAGCAAAUUACGUGUCAAUUAGAAGUCGAAGAGGAGAAAAAACGGCCGUUUCUUGACGUCCUUGUUGGGAAAUAUUUGAAUGAGGAACUGAGUUAUCAGGAAUUGGAGGAUGAAGUUAGCACGUUUCUCUUGGCUGGUUCUGACACGAAUGCGACGGCGGGUUGUUUCGUUUUGACGCUUUUAGGGAUGCAUCAAGACGUUCAGGAAAAACUCUACGAAGAAAUAAUCGAAGUUCUGGGCCCCGAAAAAUACCCAACCCUUGACGAUUUACCAAAACUAAAAUACACAGAACGUGUGAUUAAAGAAACGCUUCGGUUAUUCCCCGGAGCUCCGUUCAUUGCAAGAAUAGCAUCAGACGACAUUGAUUUAGGUGAUUAUGUGAUUCCCCGAGGUUCAAAUAUAGCCGUAGGUUACGUCCAUUUGCACAGAAGUGAAAAAUACUGGGAAGAGCCUUUAAAAUUUAAUCCUGAGCGCUUUUUGCCCGAAAACGUGGCAAAGAGACACCCGUACACGUGGUUGCCUUUCUCAGGCGGGCUAAGGAAUUGUGUCGGCGGAAAAUUUGGAAUGAUGGUCAUGAAAAUAAUGAUAAGCAUGAUUAUACGAAAAUUUAGGGUGAAAAGUUCGGUCAAGAGUGUUGGAGAUAUUGAAUUGACGGCAAAUAUUGUUUUGAAGCCCAAAAAUGGGUUCAGAUUGGCCUUUACCUUGCGUUAAGCAAUUCAGUACAAUUGUCUUAUUUAAAAUAUAUAAUAAAAUUCUUUUUUUAUUUUU